AAAAGGCUCCACAAAUAUAAUGUCAUCGCCCAGUCGCAAUUCAGAUCACUUUCAAUUUGAUCAGAAUAAGUUCAUUGUGUUCAAAUUACCCAUCAAAUCAUGUGUCCUUUGGAUAUGGGAACAGAAUCAGUUGAAGUGAUGGAAGCCGAACGUAUCAUCAUCCCAGUAAACGAUCUGGCGAUAAUGUUGACUAAUACCACCGGUCAACAUUCCCUCAUAGUUUACAAUAGGGAGUUACAUCAGGUGCGACUAGAGGAGAUUGAGGAUGCACCACCCCCACCGCAUCAGAUUGAGAUUAUCAUGCAGUCUCCGUUGGAGGCAACUGAAGGACAAGCGGUUAAUUCUGAUGUCCGGGAUCCUAACCUUACGACAUCUGAAAGGAUGCCUGCCGAAGCAGACAUCAAGAAUUUCACGUCCGUCAUUGAAGAAUUAAUAUCCAAACUCGACUCUAUCGUCGACCCGUCUGGACGCUCCAAUGCGGAUUACUCCCGAUGGAUAGAGGUCCACAAAAAGGUGGAAUUUCUUGAGAAAGCUCUUGCAGCAGAAUGCAGAAGAGCAGCCCACCUUGAGGACGAGAUGGAAACAAUUGAUGAAGAGCACACUGAAGAAUUACAGUACUUGGAUGAAGAGAGAAAAAAGGACCAAGAAGAAAUCUCAAGUCUGGAGGAAAAAUUAAAGCAAAUGGAAAAUACUCAAGAAGAAAGAACAAAAUUGGCAAAGGAAUUAGACUUGUUAAAACUCAAAUUUAGGACAAAUUUGAAUAUAUUUAAAAAAUUACAACAUCUCAAUGCUAUGGGCCUGGUUAAUAGGCUACAUGACGCAUCAAAGGAUACUCUCUUCCUUACAACGUGUCUAAAACAACUGUCUUCAGCUCCGAAUAAGAUGCUGACGGUUCAGCCUCUGACCUCGUCAGUUGUGUCUGAAGCAAUAAAGGAGGCACAGGAAGCCAUACAGUCCAAGCAGCAGUCCAAGCAUCCACCCCCACAAACGCCCCCGCCAGUAAACGAACGAAAAAUAAAAAAAGUAGUAAUUUAGUAGUGAUUUUAUCGAAAUGAGUCAUUUGUAGAGUUCAUAUAUACAUGUAGAAUUUAGUAGUGAUUUUAGUAGUGAUUUAUAAUCAUUUUAAGUUGAUGAUUGAAAAUAAAAACAAAUGAUUUGAUGGAAAUGAGCAAAUAAAAAAA